GUAUAACUACGCUGCAACCCAUCCUGUCCCCUGCAAAUGGUGGCGGAAAUUAUAUCCAUCGGCGUCUUGCAGUCUCUUCCGGGGUCUCCCUCCGGCCAGAUUAUUCUACUGCUUUCGAAAAGAAAAAUCAUAUACCCCUGAAGCGCCCCGCGUCUUCGAUUAGUCUCAAGCGUCCCCAAAGCUACCCCGACCGUGAAGUGUAUCAACAUCAAUACUGUUUCGACUCGACACGGACGACAUCAAAGUUUUAUACGGGACUGCAAGAAUAUAUGCUAUGGACAUGAAUCGACCACAUCUAGGCAUUGGCGAUGGUCUUGAACGAAGGCAUUCGGACACAUCUGUGCUUCAAACAACCCAGAUGGUAUUUAAGAGACCCGCUCCAACAAUGGAAUUCCCACCACACCCGCACUAUGCCAUGAUAUAUCUCGAUCAUAAUGGGGAACUUCGAGUGAAAGCAUCUGCCUCAAUUGCCGGCUGUGGUGGCGCCAUCUUCACCCCAGAGGUGACGGACAACUUUGUGAAAUUGGCGGCUCCAAGCCCCAUGGCCAACAUGCAAUUCCACCCGAGUCCCAACCACAUGGCGGAACGGUCACCGUUCUGCGUUCAGCCAGGCCCUGGCCUUGUACAUGCCGGACAGACGAGGCCUGCCGAGCUGAUACCAUGUCAGUUCCUUGAUCAAAAUAAGAGACGACGACGCGACUCGAGGAGAGCGAGCACAUCCCAGUAUAGACCCAAAUCCACGUCCCCAUCGCCUAAUCCUCGAUCAGGACAUACGGUGCUCCGCGUUGGGGACCGGGACCUUCUACGACGAUACUAUGAAAAGGCAUUCGAAGACUUCCAGCAAUUGAAUUGCAGAGCUAUUGCCAAAUCCUACAUCAAGCUCGUGGAACCAAGGAAACAGGUUCACUUUCCGUACAAUGGACGUAAAGUCAUUGCCGGUGUAUCGCAGCGUGUGGAUCCGGAGCAGACCAAGCCAGCCUGGUGGCCUGUAGGUGUUUUGCACCGAGAGCCAGAUCAUCUUCUCAAGCGAGACCGCUUGAAGCUUCUUGUGCAUAUACUCUGUGAGCUCAAGGACAGCCACGGCGUCACUGCUGAUAAAUUACGCGAAGCUGGACAGGACGUUCGCCGUCAGAUUACUCCUGGGCAUCGGCUUCAAGUACUCGAUGAAAUUUACUUCGUGCGAGAGAUGGAAGAGAGAUAUCUUGAUGGCGAUCUAGAUGCAAAUGCCCGCCUUCAGGUUAUCCACACUCAUCUUCCAGAGGCUAUUUGCCAGGAAGAUGAGUUGUCCCCGAGCAUCUACGUCGCGCCUAUUACAGCCCUAGAUGACGAAACAGAUGGCCAAGAUGCGCAAGCCUUUCGAGCUGAACCCAGCCUUCAAUUGGAUGACGGUGCUCAAUUGGGACAUUCAAUGCCGUUAUCCCCGACAGCAAGCGACUCAAGUGGUCCCCAAAGCCCAACCUUUGGAGCAUAUCCUGCCGCCAUGGGUCCAGGCGUGAUUGCUCAGGAGUCUCCAACCACGAUCAAACAUAUGCCCACGGAGCCAACUUAUCUACCGGGGUACUAUGGCCAGCAGUUCAUGCCCACUGAAAAGACUGCUCCUGGGGGCUACUGGCCUGGUGUCACGAAUGUCCCCCAGGUUUCCCCUUUUGGAUACUAAAAUAAAUCAGGGGGUUUUGAUAUUUUCUCUUCAUUUUGGGUAAAGGGAGGAAUUUUGGAGAUGCAACGAUUCACGAAUACGACUGAGAGCAUUUUUUUUUGGGAAGGCUGUUUGGAAACAUUUUCUGGGUUGCAAUUUGUCGUUUUUGUUAUGUUUUAUCUCAAGUUGUACUACAAUGAAUAAUUAUCGAGAUGAAAGGUCAGAUUGACAGUACAAUAAUGGAGCUCUUGAUAGAUGGAGUAGAGCUGUAUAAUUGCAAAGAGCUCAAGUUUCUUG